AUGCUCAAAAAGCUGAGCAGAUACUCUAAGGAAAACAGUGUAGAGGAGGCCCUGAAAGCUAAGGAGGGAAAAGUCAGUCGCUCGACAUUCACCUUCACAGUCUUUGAUGAUGACUUUGAUGAUGCCACCAGCCGGGUUCCUGUCUUCAAGCCUGAGCUGGUCACUGCCCACUGCUUCAGGUGGUUGAAGAAGAAAAACUUCCACCUGCCACAGAGACGCCGGCGGAUCAUCAUUGUGUCUGGCACAAAGGACCAGGUGCCAGCCCACCCCAAGCCCCUGCCUCAAGCUCCCCCUCCACCCAUACCUAGCUUUAAAGCUCUAGAUAGUGAAGAUAUCCAAGAGCCACCAAUGGACAGGAAGGUCUGGCUGAAGCAGAGGGCAGAGCUGCGGAGUCAAGUGGAGUCAUUUGGUGAUGUCAAGACAUGGGUGAAGAACAAGCCCCGCAUCACACCAUCAGAGGCCAAGGUUCUGCUCAUGAUUCGCCAGGAAAAACAAGCCUCCAAAGAAUUGAAGACUUCAGUCAGUACAACCGAAUAUCUAGCUUCCAAAUUUAUCCGACAACACGCACCCCAGCUGCUACUGCCCAAGCCCCCUGCCCUGUCUGACUUGUACACCUACCUGCGGAGUCGAAAGCUCAAGAUCCUGGACAUAUUUAACAAGGGGGAUCGGGGUGAGAACCAGCGAAUACCCAGGGAGGAAUUUAUCACGUCUCUGAAGGCA